AUGUUUGGAUGGGGUGUUAAUUUACAUGGUCAACUUGGUCUAGGAUCAUCAUUAACAUCUAGUUUUAUACCAACACCACAACGUAUUGUAUUUUUUAAUGAUCAUAUAUGUAUACAAGUUGCAUGUUCACUAACCCACUCAAUAUUUUUACUUGAUGACGGAAGUGUUUAUUCUGCAGGAAAUAAUGAAUAUUCACAAUUAGGUCGAGAAGGAAAAACAUCGAUACCAGAAAGAGUAACCUUACCACAAAAUGAUGAAGGUGUACAAGUCGCAUGUGGACAAUAUUUUUCAGUUUGUCUUACAGCAAAUGGAAAAAUUAUUGUUUGGGGUUCUAUUAGUGGAAAAAUAACAAAUGAUGAUGGAUUUUUUUAUAAUAAGCCUGAAUAUCUAGGAGGAUUUACUGAUAAACGAGUAGUACAAAUUGCUUCAGGAUAUAAUCAUUGUCUUGGAUUAACGGAUGAUGGUACAGUCUACGCAAUAGGAAUUAAUACACAUGGGCAGCUUGGCUUAGGUAAUACUAAAGAUUGUCGAGAUGCUACUCCAAUUGCAUGUUUACGUGGUAGUCCCCUUGUUCACAUAGCUUGUGGUGCUCAUCAUUCUUUGAUAAUAUCAAAGAGCGGUACAGUUUUUACAUGUGGUCUUAAUGAAUCGGGUCAAUUAGGAGUUGGUGAUACUGAUACUCGUGUAUGGCCAAGUAAUGUUAAAGCAUUACAAUAUCAAAAAGUAGCAUAUGCUGCAUGUGGAGAAAAACAUUCAGUUGUUGUUACAUUUGAUGGUGGAGUAUUUUCAUUUGGAUCUGGUAUGCACGGACAACUUGGACAUAGUACAACCAAUGAUGAACUUUUACCAAGAAAAAUUUCAGAAUUAAUGGGUUCAGAAGUAUCACAAAUAGCUUGUGGAAGAUCUCAUACAGUCAUAUUCCUUCCAAAAUCUGGUCAAGUAUCGGUGUUUGGUUUAGCUUGUGCUGGUCGUUCAGAUACUCAUAUAACAACUUGUGUAACUAUACCACAAAAACUACCCAUACAUUUUUUAACACCAAAAACUAUGAAACAGCUUCAAAGACAAACGUCAGGUAGUAAUGGUUAUUCAUCGAAAUAUAAUAAAAUAAAACAAGAAGAUAUAUACAGUGAUCAAUCGUACAUACAAGUUAUAGGAAUUCAUGCCGGUGGUCAUCAAACAUUUGUUCGAAUUUCUCAUCAACCACAAGUUCCAGAUGAUUAUCGAACUUAUUAUACAAAUCGUCCAAUUCUUGAAUUAACUCUUGAUUUUGCAAAAUGGUUAUAUCAUGCACCUGAUUCACCUGAUACAUUAAAAGCUGCUAAACGAAAAUUAUCUCGCAUGUUUAAUACAGAAGCAUGUUUAAAUGGGUCAUUUUUAGCUUUACCAGAUGGACAUUUUCGUACAACAUCAAAUAAUCCCGGUAUUGAUCUUGAUCAAGUUAUUGCUGUUAUGGAAAAACUACGUUCAUGUGAUUCAACAAUUCAAGAAUUGUUAUGUGAAUAUAUUCAAUCUAUUCUUUUAUCAUUACCUGAAACAGCUCCAUGUUUUGAAGCUUUACGGGUCUAUCUUAUUCUACCAUUUUGUCAUAUAUUUGAAAAUGAAGAUAUGCUUGAAACUGUUAUUGCACCAUUUGCUCAAGCAACAACACGUUUGAAACCAAAAGCUGACGGGCGAGUAUUAGAUUAUUGGAUUUUAAGUAUUGGUCGACAGUUUGUUGAGAGAAUACUUGAAUUAUACAGACCACUUGUUGUUAAAGCUAUUCGUACUAAUCCUGGAACUCACGCAUUAGCUGCACAACAAUAUCAAGUAGUUUUAAAAUCGAUAUUAGAAUUACUUAAAAAAGUUCAUCAUGUUUCAUGUAAUAUGGCUAAACCUGAGUUAGUAGGCCAUGAUACAUUCUAUAUGAAAGAACUUAAUGAUUUAAUUGAUAUCAAACAAGAUUAUGAUUUUUGGCGAGAACGUCAACAUAACGGGGAUAAGAAAACAAUUUCAUUCUGUGAUUAUCCAUUUUUAUUUGAUCUUAAAGCAAAAAUUCUAUUACUUCAAUAUCAUGGACAACUUGAAAUGCAAGAAGCAAUACGUAACGCAUUUAUGCAUAAUUUUCAAACAAUGAUGGGUGCACAUAUUGAUACUGUUAAUCCUUUACUUGUACUACGCGUUAAUCGUGAAACAAUUGUACAAGAUACAAUCAAACAAUUAGAUAAAUAUAAAGAAGAAGAUUUUAAAAAACCAUUACAAGUUACAUUUCAAAAUGAAGAAGGUCUUGAUGCUGGUGGUAUACGUAAAGAAUUUUUUCUUUUAUUAACGAAAGAAAUAUUAAAUCCAAUAUAUGGAAUGUUUACCGUUUAUGAAGAAACAAAUACAAUAUGGUUUAGUGAAUAUAUGACGGAAGAAGAAACAAUGUAUAAAUUAAUAGGAACACUUUGUGCAUUAGCUGUAUAUAAUGUAACAAUCAUUGAUCUUCCAUUUCCAUUAGUUUUAUAUAAAAAACUAUUGAAAAAAGGUAAAAUUGAUCUUGAUGAUAUGAAAUCAUUAUCACCAUCAAUGUAUCAAAGUCUAAAAUCGGUAUUGGAUUAUAAAGAAGAUGAUCUUGAAACCGCACUUUGUUUAACAUUUGUAAUUGAUCGUGAAUUUUGUGGUGAAGUUCGUCAAACUGAAUUAAAACCAGGUGGUGCAUCAAUAAUGGUUAAUCAAAAGAAUAAACAAGAAUUUAUUGAGUUAUAUAUUGAUUAUAUUUUUAAUAAAUCAUGUGAAAAACAAUUUCACGCCUUUUCAGCCGGUUUUCGACGUGUUAUUAAUUCGAAACCAUUAGAAUUAUUUUAUCCCGAUGAAUUAAUGUCAUUUGUGGUAGGUAAUAGUAGUUAUGAUUGGAAUGAAUUUCAAAAGAAAACAGAAUAUAAAGGAGAAUAUCAUGCUAACCAUCAUGUUAUUCAAUGGUUUUGGCAAGUCUUUCAUAAAUUAGAUGACAAAGAUAAAAAAAAAUUUCUUUUAUUUCUUACUGGUUCCGAUCGAGUACCUGUCUUCGGAUGGAGUCAAACAUUGCCGAUGACAAUUCAACGAAGUCAUAGUGAUGAUAUUCAUUUACCUGUUAGUCAUACAUGUUUUAAUAUUCUUGAUUUACCAUCAUAUUCGUCAAAAGAAAUACUAAAAUCUAAAUUACUUGAAGCUAUACAACACAAUCAAGGUUUUAAUAUUGUUUAA